GCCCCCCCCCCUACCCUGCAACCCGCAUGAGUUCUCCUCUGUUCGUGGGUCAGCUGCUGGGGGUCCCGUUAGAGAUAAUGCACCCCACCACCAUGGAGAAGGACACGACUCACACCAAGAUCUUCGUCGGCGGGCUGCCCUACCACACCAACGACGCGUCACUUCGGAAAUAUUUCGAGAGUUUCGGGGACAUCGACGAGGCGGUGGUGAUCACGGACAAGCAGACCGGCAAAUCCAGAGGAUACGGCUUUGUGACCAUGGUGGACAGAGGGGCGGCGGAGCGGGCGUGCAAAGACCCGAACCCCAUCAUCGACGGCAGGAAGGCCAACGUGAACCUGGCGUACCUGGGAGCCAAACCUCGCAGCUCGCAGACAAGUCUCUCUGUUGGAGUUCAGCAAGUCCAUCCUACGUGGGCUCAGAGGCAAUAUGGGCUCGCCCAGCAGUACGUCUACCCCCAGGCGUUCCUCCAGCCCAGCCUGCUGCUGCAGUCCCAGCUCAGCCCCUCAGCAGCCGCCCUCUCUUCCCCUUAUCUGGACUACAGCUCCGCCUACAGCCACUACACCCCCACAGGACUGGAGCAGUACCCUUACAGCCCCUCGCCAUCCCCCUCUGGUGGCUACCUCAGCUACAGCUUCUCCCCUGGCACACCGGCGCCCUCUCUGGCGGCGUCCCUGACCCCCCCGGCCUCCAUCCCCCCUCAACUGGCUGCACUCAGCGCCAUGUCUGCUGCCCCCCAGGCCUUCCUCCACUACCCCCUGCACCAGCCCGACCGCAUGCAGUGAGCAGCCCUGAGAGAAGAGGAGAGGAUCAGCGGAGGUGGAUGAGUGACGACUCAAAGACAGUCUGACUGUUGAGCUGUGUCGUCACCGGGAUGAGACUAAAUCACCAGGAAGAGAGUGUGAUGUAAUCAAAGGGCUUUUAGAAAACACUCGCAUUCCUGUUUCUUUUCUUUUUUUAUAUAAUAUUGUUGAAAUAAAUGUUUUAUUGUUUCAUCAGCAUAUGAUCUGAAUGUUUUUUACUAAAUGGCAGAAGUCAGGGCCUGGAGUGAGAUGACUGGUGAUCUCCUGGACGUGUCUCUCACAGCGUUGACCCUCAGUGUGGAGGUCAGAGGUCGGAGGUUACCGGAGAGAACACGGGCAAAGACAAUGAGAAAUAAGUCUGCUUGACAUGAUGCUGCGGCGGCAGUUUCUACGAACGCCACCGAGCACCUGACGCUGGAUAUCAGCCAAGCUGGGAACUGCCUCCUCUCCCAGAAACACAGGUCCAAUUACCUGCUCAUCAAAGGUUACAUGUGUGUCUAUGGCCUUAGAGAUCUCUCUCCCUCCAUACCGGCUUCAAUCUGCCAUUUUUAUUAGUGUCUCAUCUCAAAUGAACAAAAUGGUUGUUGUUCUCCCUUCUGUUCCUCUUAUCCACCACUGCAAGGUUAUCACACACAGUUUAACAGAAUAUGCAAUUAUGAGGAUGAAGGAUAAGCAUGAACAAAGUAGGCAGCACUGGUCGGUGUAUUGUUUUUAUAUUGCUACUGUUAGAACUUUACUCAGAGAAAGGCUUUGUCAACACUGAAAAACAUCAUAAUAGUCGUCAGAUGGCGUUCGGUCAUUUGUUCGGGUAUUUCUCAUCAUUUAGGAUAUUUAAAUAACAUAGCCAUCCAUACAUAUCAAGUACAUUUGUUUUGAUGUAGGUGUCAAGAAGUAAAUGUUGUGGGUGUGUGAGUGUAAUUUGUGUCUGUGUGUGUGUGACAGAGAAUUAGAGCGAUGAUGCAGUAAUCACCAGUGUGAGGACCAGGAUUCUUCUCCAGCUCAUUGUGCUGGUCAGAGGUGUUUUUAUAUUUCCCUGCAGCAGAAUAAAGACAGAUGUUUCAGCAAUGACACGGGAGUCUCUCGGUGCUGUGGCACCACAUCAGUGGUUAUGAACCAAGCCAUACAUCAAAUAUGCAAAAUAAAAUGAUUAUUUCUGAAACAAA